AUGGUUAUAUCCAAGAAAACAGUUAUACAAUCAUUCGCUCUUAUGAUUAUUAUAGCUAUAGUCACGAGCACGACGGAAGCAAAAACCAUAGGCAAUCCAGCUAUGCGAACAGAUGAACCCAAAGGUUGUCCUCCUGGGUCUCCACCAAGUUGCAAGAUGCAACCGGCUAACCCAUACACACGAGGUUGCGAACCUAGUCAUAGAUGUCGUGGUGAUUAA